GAGAUCUGUAAACUCGUAGACGACGACUAUGCAGUGUUUCGUUUGGAAAUAACUCAAAGCCAGAAAGAAAACAGGUCAUUGCAAAGGAAACUACAACUACUGGAACUGAAGGUGGCACGGGAGCGCGCCGUUGCUAGUCCCAGUAGUGUCAAGAUCCUUGACCGACACAGAAGAAUGGCAAGAGGUGAAAGACAUCUCCCUGGAGGCCACAAGAGCUUUGUGAAGCCAGCCAGACACAAUACAUGCKGAGAUGACCAACCAAUCACUGUUGAUGAGGGGAGUGGAACCUCAACCCAGAACGUUAUCGUGAUAGAGUCUACAGAAGCUGCAGGUCCUGGGGUCAAGAAGGAGAGGUCUGAAGGAAAGGAGGACCCAUGGCACAGCAGAGACAUCCAGAAUGGAGCGGCUGGAGCGCCCCCUGUAGCCACAGCAAACCCCACCACUGCGCAGCCCAGGACCCGACACAGCAUCACGGAGGUCAGUGGAACGCCGAUCGACGUCCUGAAGUCAGAGACAGACACCGAGACUUUAACUGUAACACAAAUGCAAUUACACAGAGGAUCUGACCACAGAUCAGACCCAGAGAGACUGGGCUGUCCUCCUGACUCAGAGUAUUUACCUGUAUUUCACCAGAGCCAGAGGACUGUUCAUUCCCAUGGUGAUGGUGACUCGUUAGACACUGGAGGUGAUGAURCGUCUUGUUCUUACGCUACAGAGAUGGACCCUAGCAACAUGCCCUUGGGUUUAGAGACACAGACUGAUCUGUCUAGAGGGGACUGGAACCGGUACAGUAGUAGUGUAUACUCUGAAGGGUGCCUAGAUGAGAAAGGCGAGUGUCUGGGCGUAGAUGAAGUGACUGUGAAAGUGGAGGGCGACGUUCCUCCCACAUGGAAUUCAGAUAGUCACCUAGGAGAUGGACUCACACAGGGCAGAGAUUUCUUAGAUUACAGGGAAAGCUUGGAGACAAAUCCAAAUGUCGCGACCCACUCRCCUUUACACACGUUCAGGGAUCGCAACCCAGUGUCCAGAUCGAUGGGGCCUACUGAUCCACACCGCCUCGUCCUUUUCGAUAAGAGAUUGAACUCAAAUGACAGAACUAGAGCCCAGGUUCGGGGUGGGGGAGCAACAUCAGGCAAAAGUAAAGAGAAACGGUUCCUCUGCAUGUUCUGUAACAAAGGCUUCAGCUGCCCCCAGAAGGUGGAGAUUCACCAGAGGGUCCACACAGGGGUGAAACCCUUCAGCUGUACCCAGUGUCCCAUGGCCUUCGCUCAAGCUGGUGACCUGAAGAGGCACCAGAGAGUACACACGGGGGAGAAACCCUUCAGCUGUACCCAGUGUCCCAUGGCCUUCGCUCAGGCUGGUCACCUGAAGAGACACCAGAGGGUCCACACAGGGGAGAAAUAAUACAGCUGACCCCGUUGUCAGAAGAGAUUCUUACGCCAGCUGAAGAUGCACCUGAAGGUCCACACGGGAGAGAGGCCAUUCGCCUGUACUCACUGCGGGAAGAGGUUCUCCGAGAGGAGCUACCUCAGGAUAUACCAGCAGAAAAAACAUUCCACUCUAUAACAUAGAAAGCAACCAUUCCACUCAAUAGUUUCUGAUGGUUGUAUCAAACCCUGCAUUAAAGACAAAGAUGAAUUGUCAUUGUUGUCGGCACGAAAAAUAUCCACAGACGCAUUUGGAAUUACGAGAGUUACAGAUUUCAGUGUAGAAUAUUGCAUCCAGACAUUGUGUGAUAUAUAAGGCAUAUAUAGGGCUGGGCGAUUCAAAUUCAUGUUUUAACGCAAUGUUUCAAAUGCAUGUAUCGCAAGAAUUGAAUUUUUAUUUCUAGAUAUUUUUUGCGUUCUACAGUGCCUUCAGAAAGUAUUCAUACCCAUUGACUUAUUCCACAUUUUGUUACAGCCUGAAUUAAAAU